AUGUUGUGCCAAGAAUACGAACACGAAUUAAUCCUUGGCCAAAUGAUUUUCAUUGCAAUAGGUGUUCGUGAUUUUUGCGCCAAACGAACGGCUAAUGCAGUUUGUAGAAAAAGGCAAAUACUGGAAGCAGUUGCUGAAAAAACACGAAAAUUACGAGAAGAUAGUCAUCGUCGAGUGAAGCAACGUAAAAUACAACUUGAAAAAGAAGGCGAAGAAAAACGAAAAGAAUCAUCAAUUAAAAUUAAACAACAGGCUAUAAAAACCAUUUCAAAUAGAGGACGCAAAGUUCAUGACCUACCUGGCACACCUGUUGCUAAGCGUACGAGAAAUGCUCUUGGUUUAAUGCCAAUUGAUAAGCGAUUUUGUUGCAGAGGAACGGUAAUGGAGAAUUUCCUCAAUUAUGCUACUAUUUGUAAAACUGAAGAGAAGUCCAUAAGUGAUUAA